AUGUUGGACUCCGCCCUGCACUUCGCGAGCCGGUGGGGGGGCGAGACGGCCGUGAGGGUUCUACUCGCAGCCGGAGCCUCCGCCGAUGUACGCAACUCGGAGGGUCGCAAUCCUCUCCAGGUGGCGGGGGACGGCAACGCCUCGGAGGGAAACCCUGACAUGGAGUCGAGGUACAAGGUCCGCAGAGAGUUCUUCCGGCAGGAACCGCGCAACCGGACCCUGGUUCUGCACCACCCCGACUGCCUGGAACACCAGCCCAAGUCAGACCGGGACUGGGAGUGCCCCGAGAGGGUGGUAUCGAUCGUGGACCUGCUGGUGAAGCCCCGCGCGUUCGAGCACCACGAGCUGGAGGUCACGACGGACUUCAGCGCUGUGAACACGGAGAGCCUGAUGAGGGUGCACACCGGGCCUUACAUCAAGUUCGUGGACAGCAUGGGCAAGAGCUUCAAGGGGGAAGACGCCGGCACUAGCGUGCCGUUCACUCCCAUGGUGCAGCAGCACCUGCUCAAGAAGGGUCAGACCGACGUCAAGCCCAAGGACACCUGCGACACGUCCUUCUCCAAGGGCAAGUACAAGGCUGGGUCUCUCAAAGCAGCCAGGCGCGCUGCCGGUGCGGUGACUCACGCCGUGGACCGCGUGCUGGCGGGUAAGAACCGGAACGCCUUCUGCGCGGUCCGCCCGCCGGGCCACCACGCGGGGGCGAACGGGCUGAUCGAGAACUCGGUGAGCUGCGGGUUCUGUAUCUUCAACAACGUGGCGGUGGGCGCGAUGCACGCUCUCGGCCACCACCACCUAGAUAGGGUGGCCAUCGUGGACAUCGACGUUCACCACGGGAAUGGCACGGAGGAGAUCUGCCGUGCUUACCCGGACCCAAACCGCCUGUUCUUUUUCUCGGUGCAUCUCUUCGAUCGGGGUCCGAUGUACGAGUUCUUCCCCGGGAGCGGAGACCAAGAUGACCUCCAGAGCAACAUCAUCAACGAGCCUCUGGACCCCCUCUGGAAGAGCAAGGCACGACAUGACGAUGGGUAUGGCGCACAGGGGGGGGGUCGGCAGGGGCGGGGUAGGGGGGGGGGGGCACGGCACCCGCAGCCGGACGUCCUCGCGAUCCAGCGGAGGCUACUGCCCGCCCUGCGAGCCUUCAACCCUCAGCUGAUCAUGCUGAGCGCCGGGUUCGAUGCCGCGAAGGGGGACGUCGGGAACUGCAAGCAGGGCGCAAGGGCGGCGCGGGAGGGGCUGGACCUCAGCUCGGAGGACUACCUCUGGACCACAGAGAAGAUCCAAAGCGUGGCAGAUAUCUGCUGCGGAGGCAAGAUGGUGAGCGUCUUGGAGGGCGGCUAUGGGCAGAACCAGUGCGAAAGCAUGCACUCUGGUUCCCGAGGGCCCGGGAUGCAUUCGUCCAUGGCCAGACCUCACUCUGCUCCGGCCGGGACUGGAGCGAGCGGGUUGGCCCCUCCGUCGUCGGUCUCCGACGUCCGCGGUGGCGCGGGAGUCCUGGUUGGGGUCGGCGGCGGCUGGCACGGUGGCGGGGGGUACGGCGGCCACGCAAGAGGCAACGGCACUGCCGGCCCACCGCGGGGCUACCAGGCCAAGUCGACGGCUCAGCGCCUUCAGAGGUACGACCUGGCUAACAACGUGGCGGCCCACGUGAGGGGGCUCGUCGACCCGUACUGCUCCCACGUCAAGCAGGAGGCCGUUGAUCUGAAGAGCCCUGGAAGACGAUAG